AAAAAGGAAACGAACAAAAAACACCAAAAGGACAACGAGGAAAAAAAAGUAGUCCAUCAAAAAACUUAACGAGGCAGCACGAAAGAGAUUACCAAAAAUUAGUGGAACGGCGAAAAGAGGCAGGCCAAAAACUAACGGGACUAAACAAACUUAUUUUUGACAAGAUAGAAGCCAAAACGGGCGAGUUUCAAAGCUCAAUAGGAUACUCUAUUUUUCAACACACUAGCGGCAGUAUUUUGGGACUUUUACCCUUUGGAGGAAUAGUUACCGAAAACAUGAAAACCGCCCAAAUAGACGAAUUGAAAAAAUUGUUGGAAAAAACCGUUGAACUUCAAAAAGAAUACCAAAAAAAACUACAAACUGCCGAACAAGCCCAAGAAAGCAAGUUGAACGAAUUAUUAGCCCAAGCCAAAAAUGAUAAAGAACGUUUAGAAGCCUACGAAAGCGAAGUAUUAAGAUUAACCUUGGCAAGCCAACACAAAGACGAGGAACAUUUUCGCCAAUUGAAAGAGAAGGAAAGAAUACUCAAACUAUCCUCGGCCAAAACCCACGAAAUAAGCGAAAAAAAUGCCAAAAUAGACGAAUUACAAGCCAACGGGGAAAUAUUAAGACGACAAAAAGCCGCCCUAGAAAUUAACCUCAAAGGCGAACAACUAUCUCAUCAAAGCACUAAAACAGUCAAAGACCUCAAAAUCACCCAUUUAGAAGACUACCUGGAAAACGAAACUAAAAAAAACCAAGAGAAAGACCGAUUAUUGGAAGAAAAAAGACAACAAUUACUAGCCGCUUGA